AUUAAACGUCUGUCCUACCUAGUCAAAUGUAACCUUACUGGAGUGUUCAUCGGCGGGAAUAUGUGCGCCGCUGGUGCGCUCGUCGACGGAUCGUCAUCAAACGACACCGCUUCAUGGGGUGGUACGAAUAGACGCGGUGGAAAUCCUGGAUGA